CCAAUACAAUCCGCUAACGCUGACGUGGGAUAAUCUUGGAGGAUCAACACUGCUUGGCACAUUCUAUGCUGUCAGCCAUAAGCAAAUCCCGUAAUCUUCAAUGACUAUAAAUCUCUUGUUGGUUCCAACACCACGUUCAAAAUCCUGUCCUCGUCAGCCAACACCAUCGUUAACAUGCCUUCCACUCCAUCGUCUGCAGAACUCCGAAAGACAAUCGAGCUAACGACGAGGUCUUUCCUCGCAGCAUACACAGACGCCAACGAACAAAAUGACCCCUCGCUCAUUAAUCGUGACGUGACGGCCGACUGUACCCGUCAUAUGCUACCGAGUACUAUGGUCAAGGCCUUUGGCCUUCCGGCGGGUAUCAGCAUCCCCAAUGAAGCGUACAUCCAGAAUAUCGCCCGGAAUAUUCGAGUUUACUCUGUGCAAGACUCCGUCAUUUCAGAUCUGGUCAUCGACAUCGAGACUCGCAAGGCCGCAUUUACAUCGAAAUCGAAUGUUGUGUAUAAGACAGGCUGGGAGUCUCACCCGAUCGAGUUCAGUUGGCUUUUGGAUUUCAAUGAAGAUGGCUCAAAAGUGAAAAAGGUCACUGAGUUCUGCGAUAAAGAUACAGUUCUCCUUUUGCAUGGCCGAGUUGAGGCGGGACAGCCCAAGUAAAAGGGGGGGUUCUUUCGAGUAAAUCAGGACCUGGAUCGUUGACAUCGUAGUCGUCUUGGGAGAUUAUAGAUGUGCAGGAAUUGAUGUUGAAACUCGGAUCUCCCUGUACGGAGUGCAAAACGUCACGUCCAAGCCUUGACUCUAUUUGUAUACCAGUAAAGACCAUCUCUUCAUCCAUGUUAUAAUUAACACCUCUACCGCAUCCCGAUGCUCUCUAGGCAUAGGAAGAUGUGCCGGGAGCACAUCUCACAAGGUAGAGUCCCGCUUUGCAGGAUAGUUAAUUCCAAACUCCUAGUUAUUGAGGUUACCUAC